UUCCGACUAAACCAAUGCUGGUGUGUAAGAGUGCGAGUGAGUGCAUCUGAUCUACCAGGUGCAUAGGAUGACAAAGAAACACCGAAGGGAGGGGAGGAUUUUAUAUGACAGAAUAAGAGAAAGACCAAGUGAGAGAGAAAGAGAGAGAAAUAAUCAAGACGAUGAGGGGCAAGCUCGAGGGUUGUAACAUGGCCGACAGUUAGUCGGUAUCGAACCGUCAUGUUGAAAGGUGUAUCUAUCGUCAUGACAAGCUGAGUUUACGGGGUGUCGUGAGAUUUAAAUGCUUUUUAUAAGCUAUUUUAUUCAAAGUCUAGCCGAUACUCCAUGGCAGACGAUUUUCAUCAAUUAUUUUAAAUUUUAAAAUGAAGGAAACACGUCGUCAAUGAGAAGACGAAUGUCAACCAGAUAUAACGAAAGACUGAACAAAUAAGUGAAUAAGGAUAAUUAUUUAAUUAAAUUAUUAAUAUUAUUAUUAAGUAAUACUCAACAAUGGAGUCCGCUACUGUUCAGGGUAAAAAACAAAUUCGAGUCGGUUUUUACGACAUCGAAGGAACGAUUGGUAAAGGUAAUUUUGCCGUUGUUAAGCUGGCUCGGCAUCGUAUUACAAAAACUGAGGUGGCCAUUAAAAUAAUAGAUAAAACACAGUUAGAUUCUACUAACUUGGAAAAAGUUUAUCGAGAAGUUGAGAUCAUGAAACAACUCGAGCACCCUCACAUAGUAAAGCUUUAUCAAGUGAUGGAGACAAAGAAUAUGAUUUACAUGGUGUGUGAAUAUGCACGUAAAGGUGAAAUAUUUGACUACAUAGCUCGCUAUGGAAGAAUGGGCGAGUCUCGAGCACGAGCAACAUUUGCACAAAUUUUAUCAGCAGUUGAAUAUUGUCAUGCUAUUGGUGUAGCUCACAGAGAUUUAAAAGCCGAAAAUUUAUUGUUAGACGCUCAGAUGAAUGUUAAAAUUGCUGACUUUGGCUUUAGCAAUCGAUUUGUACCCGGUGAAAGAUUAAGUACAUGGUGUGGAAGUCCACCUUAUGCUGCGCCAGAAGUAUUUCGAGGAAAACAUUAUGCCGGUCCUGAAAUUGAUGUUUGGAGUUUAGGAGUAGUGUUAUACGUAUUAGUUUGUGGUGCUUUACCGUUUGAUGGAUCAACACUUCAAUCUUUGCGAGAUCGAGUUCUUAGUGGUCGAUUUAGUAUUCCUUAUUUUAUGAGUACUGACUGUGAAAAUUUAAUUCGUAAAAUGCUUGUAUUGGAACCAGCAAAACGUUAUACAAUUCCACAAAUAAAAAGGCAUCGUUGGUUAAUUGGAACUGCCGAAUCAGUUUGUCCAGUAAUAACAUCAACACCAUUAUCUCUUCAAGAACCUAAUGAACAAAUUUUAAGGCUUAUGCAUAGCUUAGGAAUAGAUGUAACUCGUACCAAAGACUCAUUAAAAAAUAAUAGUUAUGAUCAUCAUGCUGCCAUUUACUUUCUUCUAUUAGAGAGAUUAAAGCAUCGAAGUAGUAAUCCAACAAAUAGCAGUAAUGCUUGGCAAGCUGUCUCUCGUACCAAAGAUGACAAAUUUAAAUCAAGAGGUAGAGAGGAAACUGGAAGAAGUGGAAAACGCUUCAGCUCAACUAGCUCAUCGACUGACGAAGGAUGUUGCAGUGCAGAAGGAGAUCUAGAAGAAGGUCCGAGUGGUGAUGAACUCCGUGAAGCACAAAUUAAACUCCAGGAACAUCGAUUAGGUUUAGAUCAAGAUAUAAGCCAGCAAAUUGAUAGCCAGAUAGUUAACCGUCGAUUAAGUGAUUAUCAACAGCAACACUUUGAUGGCUCUAUUAUUGAUCCUGUUGAUCCACCAAGCCGGACAACUAUUUUUGGACCUGGUUGUAGUGGUAGCUCAUCGUCAGAUUUAUUUGAGUCAAGCUUUGAUUCAGGCUGUCCAUCAGACUUGACAAUAACUGGUUGUUUUACAAGCAGUUUACCAUCAUGCACUCCACCACCACCUAAAAGCCCAUCUCCCAUUGCUACAAGACUGUCAAGAACUGCACAAGGUCGAAGAGCGUCAGAUGGUGGACUUAGAUUAUUAUUUUGUCAAAAAACAAGUACUGGAGACCGACCUGCUAAGCAACGAAGUAUUCAAGAUGCCGGAAAAGCCAGAGGACAUAUAGAUCUAGUUCAUUUACGACCCAACUCGACAUCACCAAAUCAACAACAGUUUAAACUUCGUGGAGACUCAAGUAUGCAACUACAAUUGAUGGUUCAGCAAAGAAUGUUACAACAAAAAAGAAAUAUGUAUCAUAGGCAUCGAGGGGGAAUAAGCCCAACACCAUUACCAGCUAGUAAUGAUAGCAGCACAAGUGGGUCUUCCUCAUCGAGACGUAGUGGUGAACAUGUACCACGACAAGAUAGCUAUAAAAUGGCACAACGUAAACAAAUAUUACCACCUCUGUCUCAAGGACAUGAUGAUAAUGAUGUUGAAGAUGACAACUUUGAUCGUGAAAGAAAACGUGAAGAGGAAAGAUGGAAAAGUUUACCAUCUAGACUAGCAGCUGAUUGUCAAUUAGCCGAGAGAACGUUGCUCUGGAGUCAACAGGUUGGUUUAAGUGGAGGCGCUUCCUAUCUACCACCCGGAAGUGUUGGUGCAGGAUUUCUCUGGCCAGGUAACAGCCCUCAUGCUACAAUUUUUGAAAAUACUGGUGAUCCAAUGGAGUAAAUGAAUUAAAAUAAGAAUAAUAAAACUUGAAAUGGAGUACUUACAUCGAUCACAAGAAACCAUCCAAUUUUUAAUUUAAUAAUAACACUGAUAGAUUAAUAUUUUGUCUGUUGAAUUGAUAAAUUUUUAAUGAUAAAAACGAUGUUCGAUAGUUAAAUAUCAUCUCUUAUUUAACUUAUCAUUUAGAUUAAGAAUAAAAAAAAAAAACUAAUAAACGAAAACAUGAAAGCUUACUCAAAAAAUUCAUGGUAAUUAAACAAGUUACACAAUAGACUGAUUACUCAAAGAAUUUGGUAAUUAUUAGCAUUAAACAUUGUAACAUUGACACUGUUAAGAAAUAGUUAGACUUUAACA